AAACAUUAUUUUCUGUUAUCUUGAAGCCUUCAUUGGUCGUCGUUUGUUUAUUUGGGCUUCGCAAAUUCAGGCAAUAAAUCUAAAUUUUUCGACUACGACUAUGCAAACGAGCUCGAUGAUAUUUUUAAAGUUUAUUCUAAGUCUAAGCAACGAGUUUAUAUUUUCCAUGCACUGUUUGGGGAAAUACUUGACUUUGAAAUAAUCAAUAUAAUUUCAUAUAUGCCAGAUCAAUCAUAUCACGUCCUUUCAACGAUUGCGAAGUAAGGCAGAAUCUGAUGGAAGACAAAUCUGAUGCCCCAUUUCUGACGGCGUGGUGCGAUGAACCGAGCACCUAUCGAGGGACAGCUGAAGCUGCCCUGCCAGAGCUGGAGCACGGCAGCGGAGAGUUAUCAACAUCUGAAGGAGCUCCAGAUGAAGCUGGUGAGAGAGAUGGUGUUUCUGGAUCGUCUAGCCCCAAGCCACGCACCGAAUAUAUUACUGAAUCUUUUGACCUGCAGCAGCGCCACUUCUAUGAGCAUUCAUAUUCAUCAGUGAAUCAAACCACACAUUCUGGCCGUGAGCAAUGCAGCAGUGCUGAAUAUCAGAUUCAGCCAAGUAACAGUGGUGAACAGUCGCGAGAAAAGGUAGACAAUCGCAGAUCAGGAAGUUUUUGUGCGAGAACGGAAGAAUUGAAAACUAACGUUUCUCCUGAACAUAUCAAAAAGGAGAAAUUAGAGUGCGCGCAGUGUGAAUAUUCAUGUGUCGGUGAACAACAGUUGAAUCUACACGUUAUACGUAAGCAUUCAGCAGAGAGACCGUAUCGCUGCAUGGAAUGUGAAUAUUCAAGUGUCUCAAAAUCAAACGUGAAGAUUCACGUUCUCCAUAAACAUUCGGUGGAGAAACCUAUCAAGUGUUUGAUGUGUGAAUACAGUUGUGUCAUAAGAAGCAAUAUGAAAAGGCAUAUUCUUUACAUUCAUUCAUCUGAGAGACCUCUUCAGUGCGCCGAGUGCAAUUAUUCUUGUGUUGUCAAAGAACGGCUAGAGAAACAUGUUCUUUCCAAACAUAAAAAAUAUACUUUUUUCGUUGUUCGCUGUGCGAUAAAUCAUAUCUAUCUAAACUUCGUCUAAUUCGUCACGUUGCUGAUAAGCAUCCGGCGGAGGAACCUCUUGCAAGCCCGCAAGUAUAAACGUGCUUCUGUCAAUAAUUCUCUUUUAACUUUAACGUUUUCAUAGCGAUCAUCCAUCAUUCGAAACUCGUUAUUGCGACCUCAGUAACAUAAUUUACUGUUGCGACUUCAGUAACAUAAUUUAUUAUUUACUAUAUAUCACUUAUUGACUUACAUCUGUUGUCGAUGGCGUGUAUCAUUAAAGUCCAAGGCAAGGAAUGCUCAAGUCGCUAUAGACCAACAUGUUUCAGCAGAAAAUAAAAUCAAAAACAAGGUUCCAAUGUCACUAAUAAAUCAAUUCUUUUUGACAAUUCAUUGAAAUUUCUGACAAAUUACUUUUUAAAGUCUUUUUAAUCCGUCUUAUAUAGGGGAAUAUACUUACUACGAAAAUCUUACUGAACUAGUUUGGAAAAAUAAUCAUCUAUUCGCAAAUAUCUCUGCCGAUUUACACCUAAGUUGGGAAAAACAAAUAAAUUGAUGCAUAUAUAUGGGAUCUUUCCCACCGGCACCGUCGUUUCACCUCUAAAUGUUUAUCAUUGCAUUUUUAGCCAAAUUUCCAUCAACUUGCUGUCAGCGUAUUGCCUACAUGUUUUGAUUUAAAAUUUGCACAAUUCGCGAUUAUUUCCAGAGAAAAGUUGUUGUCUUUAUACCAUUAUAUGAUCUGACUGAGCAUUCUAUAUAUUCUAUAUUUAAUCUAGUAUAUAUUAACUUCAAUGAAACUGCAACGUGUAUCCAUAAUACACAUAUUUAGUGUGCAAAAAAUAUUUCCGAGCCUACGCAUUUAUUUUUAUCUCUCGUUAGCAGGGAAUUUCCAGUCAAGCUACUACAGACGCUGUCUGUAGAAUAAUAAAUUUAAUUUAAAGAACAGAAAAUUUAUAAUUAUUUUUUAAAACUUAAUGGGCAGUAAAAAACUACAAUUUGCACAGUUUUUCCAGAGUGUAAAAUUCAUAAAUGACUUGAAGACAGAAAGCUGAACAGGUUUCUGGUUCAA